CUACCGUCAAAUCACAUAUGUCAAGAGCUCCAUAUCAACUACAAAGUGGGUUCAGGACUUUUGUCUUUUCCAGAAGUGUCCAAACCUCAGGUUUGUUCCAACUACCAUUGUGGCAGCACAAGAGAAUUCGAGCCGUGACGUAUACAACUCAAAGAGUCAUUACCAAUAUGGGUAGCCAAACAGGUCAGCUACGAUAUGUUGAUAUUGGAAUCAACUUGGGAGAUCCUGUCUUCCGCGGAGAGUAUCACGGGACUCAAAGGCAUGAAAGUGAUUUCAACGACGUCCUUCAACGUGCUUUAGAUGUUGGAUGUAAAAAGUUCAUGGUAACUGGUUCUGAUCUUAAAGAGUCACAACAUGCAGUGCAAAUCGCAAAAGAUCAUCCCGGUGUCUGUUAUGCCACAGUGGGUGUCCACCCAUGCUCAGCAAAGCAAUUUGAUACCCACCCGGGCGGUCCAUCUGCUCUGAUUUCAGCUCUCAGAGAUCUUGCGAAGACCGCGAAGGAGUCUGGAGAAGCUGUAGCCUUUGGGGAAAUUGGCCUGGAUUAUGACCGCCUAUUCUUGACUCCCAAAGACCAACAGCUAAAGUACUUUGAAGCUCAGUUAGAGCUUGCAGUCGAAAUUCAACUCCCACUUUUCCUCCAUUCGCGAGCGGCGAGCGAGGACUUUGAAAGGUUGCUAGGAGCUGUAUUGCCCCAAUUGCCGAAGAAAGGCUUAGUGCACAGCUUUACGGGCACACUCGAGGAAAUGGAACACAUGAUCGCUCUCGGCCUCGACGUAGGUGUGAAUGGUUGUAGUUUAAAAACCGAGGAAAACGUCGAGGUCGUGAGGGCGAUACCACUCGAACACCUGCAAAUAGAGACCGACGGACCUUGGUGUGAGAUGAGGCCAAGUCAUGCUUCGGCGAAGUACUUGAAAGACGCCCCAGUCUUGCCAAAAGCAGUCAAGAAAGAGAAGUUUAGCAAGGGCCUCAUGGUCAAGGGGCGCAAUGAGCCUGCUACUAUACCGCACGUUGCCUAUGCCAUAGCUCAAAUCAAGGGAAUAACUGUUGAAGAAGUGUGUGAAGCUGCAUGGCGCAAUUCUAUUCGAAUGUUUGGCUUGGGGGAGACGGCCGAGUAAACAAAGCAAUUUCUUGCGCAUAGGUUUCAUAGAGCAUACACCAAGCAUCAAGCAUAGCAUGGCACAGAAUUUGCCGUAGAUGAAAGCAGUCAAUGAGCAUAAAUUAGAACCUAAAUAUUUGUAUAGGGCUGUUGGAAUGUCUUCAGGUAAUUGAUAGUCCAAGUACUAUUUCUGAACGCAGUUGGAUUAUUUGCGACAUAAUCGUUGCAGCUUGCUGCCAAAGCCUUACUGUGCCAUUAUCAAUACAAAUACUAUUGAGUUUGCA